GAAACCAGCUCCCCCACACCGCAAACCAGCGAAUCGCAGACCACGCCCCACUGCACUCACUCAGGCCAUCUCUUCCCUUCUCGUGACCGAGGGAGAGAGCGAGCAGGCAGGCAGGCGGCAGGGAUGGCUGGCCCGAGGCUCGCGACGCUGGCGCUGGCCGUGCUCCUGGCGGCGGCCGUGGCGGCUCCCCCGGCGGCGGUGCGCGCGGCCAUGUCGUGCAGCACCGUGUACAACACCCUGAUGCCGUGCCUGCCGUUCGUGCAGAUGGGCGGCGCGAUGCCCCCGCAGCCGUGCUGCGGCGGCAUCCGCAGCCUGCUGGCGCAGGCCAACAACACCCCCGACCGCCGCACCAUCUGCGGCUGCCUCAAGAACGUCGCCAACGGCGCCUCCGGCGGGCCCUACGUCACCCGCGCCGCCUCGCUGCCCAUCAAGUGCGGCGUCUCCCUGCCCUACAAGAUCAGCACCGACGUCAACUGCAACACGAUUAACUGAGGCGUCCCGGGCGAGGAAAAGGAAAUGCAUGGCGGAGAAUAAAUAAAAAAAGAUGCUGCAAGUAGUAUUUAAGAAGCUGGAAUGAACUAGUAGAUCGAGGUGUGGUUGUCUGUAGCUAGUCGUCGUCUUUGAUGGUGUUUAGGAAUCGUCUGAAGAAGUUCCUCCUCCUGGUGCGUCGUGGAUGCUCCCGCGAGCAGAGUAGUCAUGAACCUGUGUGUGCGCGCGCUUCUGUGUACCGUGUCUAUGUAUUUCCUCGAGUCGAAGUACCUAUUAUUGCCGUUUCA